CGGAACAAAUCCAUACUAGCGGCAUCUGCCACCUUCCUGUUCUAUCAUGCUAAAAUAAGCGUGUAUAGUCGAGUUCGUAUAAAAACAAUCCGAAAAUUCUGUUAAUUUCGUUUAGUUCGUUCGUAUAAUUAGAAUGUCAGACGAAUCGGAAUACGAAGUGGAACCGGAAGAGUUUGAUAUUUACAAACGUAAAUAUCAGUUGCUGCUAGAUAGAUGUGAAGUUUUACAACAGGAAAAUGAAAGACUCGUGUAUCGCAUUCAACACGUUAGGAAACUUCUUAAACGUACGAGGAAGGAGAAAAAAUUUUUAAUCGAUCGUUUGGAUCAACACGGGGAUCGUUGGCGAGAGGCACCUAUGGGUGUCUUGGAAGAAAACAAUGUAUUCCAAGUGACACCUAAGCCUGAGAAAGGCUCGAAGGCUGCGGGUCACAAUGCUAAAGAAGAAAAAACGAAAAAAGGGACAAAAAGAAAAGGAACGAAAACGGAUCCUAACGCGCCGAAAAGACCAGCGAAUCCAUUCUUUCAAUUCUGCCAGGAACAGAGACCGCGCGUUAUGGAACGCUUAGCUGGUGAACCGGAACCAAGUAAACAAGAACUCACCAGGCAAUUAGCAACAACUUGGAAGUCCCUCAGUUCGGAAGAUAAAAAGGUCUAUUACGAUAUGUACGAACGAUCCAAAGAGAAAUACGUUGCUGAAAUGCAAAUUUAUAAUAAGAAGUCGGAAGACGCGCCGAGUCAAAUGUCUUUAAAUAUAACAUAGUAUUUUGUAUUUAAUAUAUUUGUAAAUACGUAAUUUAUAAUCAUAUAUUUGCACAUAUGUUUAUAUUUAUGUAUAGAAAGGCAACAUAAAGUUUUAUAAAUAAGUCAAAUAAAAACUUUGCCUCGGAAGAA